CUAACACGGAGCUUUGUCGAGCUCCAUGGGCUGGAGGGCGACUGGAAUUCGUUCAACCUCCACUGACUUGAGACCUGACUGGAGACCUGUCCUGUUCAGGCGAGUCCUCACCACCGCCUCACUCCCAUCCGUCCCUUUCCUGCCCACCUCCCACAUCACCAUCCUAACGUUCAACAGGACCAAUUUGGUGGCCACGUACUACCCUUCUCUUCAAGCAUAGUCUCUUUUUUUUCACUAGCCUUCCCACACCCGUAUUCAUCUACCCCGCCCCGAACAGCAUAAUGGCGGACGACAAGCCCGCCGACAAGCCCGAGGAGGGCUCGGCCGAGCCCCAAGAGCCCCAAGAGCCCCAAAAGCCCCAAGAGCCCCAAGAGCCACAGGAGCCCGAGGGCUUCUCCGAGGAGGAGCGCGCCCUGUUUGAGAAGCUGAAGAUUGGCCAGGAGGGCGGUAUGCCCAUGCCGACCUUCAUCAAGCCCAGCGACGUGCGCACCAGGACCGCCUCACUAGCCGAGGGCAUCUUUGAGCAGUGGAACAUGCUGAAGAGCCUGAUCGAGCGCCACGAGCCGACCCUGCAGCGCCGCUGGGCCGGCAUCAAGCAGAAGAAGAAGCGCAAGGAGCUGCUGCAGGCCGCCGCCCGCGGCCUCGAGAACGCCGCCGCCGCCGCCGCUGCCGCUGCCGACGAGGAUGCCAAGGCGGAGGCAGUCAAGUGGACCAUGCCCGAUACGCACCGCCCCGACAUUGACAUCUGGCGGGAUGUCCGCGAGGCGGGCUCUGAGGACAACCUGUUUGCCUCGUCGGACCCGGCGCGCCGCUGCGCCUUCCUGUGGCCUCACCUCAACCUGGACGACCUCAGCCGCAAUGACCGCCCGCUGCUGCUCAUGUUCUCGGCCCGCGGCAAGAAUCCGCCUCACGCCUUCGCGGCCGCCGACCUGGAGCGCGCCCGCUUCGCCAUGGACUCACUCGCGCUGAUGCCGCACUACCUCAACCGCUACACCAUGAUGUUUACGGACCGCACCGAUCCCGCAAAGUACGGCGAGCUUGUUCCCUGGCGGGACCUGCCUGAGGACUCCCCGCAGAAGUGGCUGUUCGAGAGGCGCGGCAUCCACCCGGGCGAGGGCCUGUGGCUGCUCGAGAUCCAGGACAUCACCUACCGCCUCCUCGUCAACGCGUGCAAGAAGAUCCUGCACGACAUCCCCGAGGACAAGCUGCUGGACUACCCCGUCAUCGCCGCCUCGGGCGAGACCCCGGCCGAGGGUGCCAUCAGCGAGGCAACGCCACAGCAUGGCGGCGAGUACACCUCCCUCAUUACCCGCAUCACCGAGGAGCCGUACCGUUCCCCCGCGAGGCUCGAUCGCAAUCUGCUGGAGCAACCAGUCGAGGCACGCCUGCAGGAGGCUAGAGAUCACCUGCUCGCCCUGCGCGAGGACCCCGCGUACUUGGCCGCCUGCCUCCAGGACUGGGCCACUCAUAGGCGUGAGCAGCUGGUCGAUGCGAACGGAAACCCGCACCCCAUCCUUGCCAAGAGCCCUGCCACAUUCUGGUCGCGAGUUGUCAACCGCGUCGUCGGCACCGCUCUCCUCGACGUGGCCGAGUGGGACCUCGUCCACGAUAAGGUCCUGGCCCUGACCCGCCUGUUGGACCAGUACGACGGCAAGCUUGACGAGGACGCCGACCUCCCUGCCGACCUGGCUUUCGCCUUCUAUACACUCGAUCACCACGUUGAGCAGCUCAAGGCCGGACCGUUUACCAACAUCACCAUGGGUCUCGUCGCGAGCCCUCCCAUGCGGCCUUACUUCCAACUUGUGACCCCGAGCGGCGCCGAGGAUAGGACCUUGGCCAUCACUGCGGUCGAGGAGGCACCUGCGGAGGAGUCGACGCGCGUCCUCAUUCGUCGUCUGGGCGUCGUGCAGGACGAGAAGCAGCGCCAGGUAGUCGGCCUGCCCGGAGCGCUCGACGAGCUUGAGUACCACAUCGCGGUGCACCCCGAAGCUCGCCUCAAGAUCACCCCUUGGGUGGCGAACCAGCUGUCUUCCCUGGCCGUCUUUGCGCGCGUGCUGAGGCAGGUCGAGCUGUUCCAGCCAUGGGCCGCGCGAUUCGGCGCCGACGUGCAGGAGAAGGAGACCCGCGAGGCCCUCGAGCAGCACUUUCACCGAAGCGUCGCGGCCGCCGGCAUCCCGCGCCUGACCCAAUAUGAGGUUAGCGACCGUGUCGUAGCCAUGGGCAUCCCGGAGCAGGGCCGAUUCGACUACCCGCUUGUAGUUGAUCUUUCGCACAAGGCCGCGGUCGAGGCCGCAGCUGAGCAGGUCCGGCGCGCUGAAGUUGCGCUCGACGGCUUUUGGGGCAGAGUCAAGGUCGAGCUUGAGAGAGCUGGCGCUAUGUCGGGCGCCAUCAAGGACGCUUUUUCCAGCCCGCUGCGCCGUUUUGCCAGCACGGCGGCGGCGGCGGCCACGGCUGCCAAUGCUAAGGGGCAGGCCAAGGCAAAGAGCGCCAAGACGAACGGCGCUUCAGUUAAGGUUAACGGCGAGGCCGAGGAGGCCAGCGAGGAGUCGGAGGGAGACGGAGACGCCAACAGCAACGCCAAGGCCGACAGCAUCAAGAAGAUCAAGGUCGGCAAGCGGGAGCUCAAGGUGUUCAACGCCCUCUUCCACGAGCCCUUCAAGGGCCAGUCAGGCGGCAAGCCCGCCGAGAUCCCGUGGGCGGAGUUCGUCCACGCCAUGCAUGCCGUGGGCUUCACUGUGACGAAGCUCUACGGCUCCGCCUGGCUGUUCGUUCGCCCCGCCGACGCAGAUUCCGACGACGACGACGAGGCGGCCAAGAAGGCCACGACCAUGCUCGUACAGGAGCCCUACACGGCCUCCAACAAGAUCCUGCCCGUCGCGGCCAGGGUCAUUGGCCGGAGGCUGUUGUGGAACCUUGGCUGGGAGAGGGCCACGUUUGAGCUCACCGAGUAGCGCAUGGUUUUGCGAGCAACCAAAAAGGACUCUGGCAGCGGCUCUUUUUUUCUUUCUCCUCCUUUAGGCAUGGUGCAGGGAAGGACACAAAAGCAUAAGGAUCCCAUGCGUUGCAUUUGGCAUGCCCUCGCCUUGUUCUCUUCCAGGGCACUGACAGACAGAAACAAAUAAAACGAAUUGUUUCACGAUGAGCCGGGCAUUAUG